ACGGCAAGACUGCGCAGUCCGCACCGUGUUCCGCACCCCACGGCAGGCGCUUGAGAGUACUUGACUACUACCCUCCCACCUGCGAGACUGCAACGCCGUUGCUUCAACUCGACUCCAGCAUCCCUCGUCCCCGCAUCACCGCGCCGCCGACACUCCGCUCGCUUUCGCUCCCGAGACCCGGGCCUGCCGAGCCGCCGCCAUGGACGAGGAGUACGACGUGAUCGUUCUGGGCACGGGGCUCAAGGAGUGCAUCCUCAGCGGUCUCCUCUCUGUCGACGGCCUCAAGGUUCUACACAUGGAUAGAAAUGAUUACUACGGAGGAGAUUCCACCUCCCUAAACCUGAACCAGCUCUGGAAGAGGUUUAGGGGGGAAGACAAGCCACCGGCACAUCUAGGUGCAAGCAGAGAUUACAAUGUAGACAUGGUUCCAAAGUAUCAUGCAGACUUCGAUAUAUGUCACGAUUUGCAUGGCCUCAUUAUUGGAGAGCACGUUUCACACAUACCGGAAGAAAUUCGCUCGUACAUCGUUAGUCAUCGGACACGUACCACCUUACACUUUUCCUUAAACAAAAAGUUUAUGAUGGCAAACGGGACUUUGGUUCGCACUCUCAUUCACACUGAUGUGACAAAAUAUUUGUCAUUCAAAGCUGUUGAUGGAAGCUAUGUCUUCAGCAAACGGAAGAUUCACAAGGUUCCUGCCACCGAUAUGGAGGCUCUAAAAUCUCCUUUGAUGGGUCUAUUUGAGAAACGUAGAGCAAGGAACUUUUUUGUUUACGUCCAAAAUUACAAUGAAGCUGAUCCAGUGACACAUCAGGGGUUGGACCUCACAAGGAUUACAACUAGAGAAUUGAUUUUGAAACAUGGAUUGAGUGAUGACACUGUGGAUUUUAUUGGCCAUGCACUCGCUCUGCACAGGGAUGAUCGUUACCUAAAUGAACCUGCCCUUGAUACUGUAAAAAGGAUGAAGCUUUACGCUGAGUCUCUUGCACGUUUUCAAGGAGGCUCGCCUUAUAUUUAUCCAUUAUAUGGGUUGGGUGAGCUGCCACAGGCUUUUGCACGUCUAAGUGCUGUUUAUGGUGGUACAUAUAUGUUAAAUAAACCAGAGUGCAAGGUUGAAUUUGAUAUCGAAGGGAAAGUGUGUGGUGUUACUUCAGAAGGUGAAACGGCGAAAUGCAAAAAGGUUGUCUGUGAUCCUUCUUACUUGCCUAGCAAGGUAAGGAAGAUUGGAAAAGUUGCACGUGCAAUCGCUAUUAUGAGCCACCCAAUUCCAAACACAAAUGAGUCCCACUCGAUUCAGAUUAUUUUGCCGCAGAAGCAACUUGGGCGCAAGUCAGACAUGUAUGUUUUCUGUUGCUCAUAUACACAUAAUGUUGCGCCAAAAGGGAAGUUCAUUGCAUUUGUGUCUGCGGAAGCUGAGACCGAUAAUCCACAGUCCGAACUAAAGCCUGGAAUUGAUCUACUUGGUCAAGUAGAUGAACUGUUUUUUGAUAUGUAUGACAGAUACAAACCUGUCAAUGAACCAUCUCUUGAUAAUUGCUUUGUUUCAAUGAGUUAUGAUGCUACUACACACUUUGAGACAACUGUGACAGAUGUUCUCAGUAUGUACACAGCAAUUACUGGAAAGACCGUUGAUCUCAGUGUGGACCUGAGCGCUGCCAGCGCAGCUGAAGAAUACUAGAGAUUUUCCUAUUAGAGAUACCAUACUCUAAAGAAGAACGGUGUUAACACAGGCCCUGCCUGGUGGCUUGCCAGGUUUAGAUCUAUGCUGCAGCUGCAGCCAAUUAAACGGACAGAACAUAUCACCCUAUAGCAUUUACAUGGCGUUUAAACACAAGACCGUUUAGGAUGAUGGUGGUGGUUCCUUUGUUCCUUGCAUUAUUGAUCGGAUGGUUAACUUUUAACUGUGCUCACGUUUGCUACAACCUGCUCGUUCUUGUCAGUGAUGCAUUGUGAUCGCUUUUCAGAUAUGCAUAUCGGCAUUUCCGUU